AGUUAAACUGCCAAGGGACCUAUUUUACACUGGUUUUAUAAGUUGGGGGAUACGUCAUAUCCGGUUUUGCAGUUCAAGGACGAUUUUGUAACUUGAUGACAAGUUGAGGGACCUUCGCUGUACUUUUUCCAAAAGAUGCAGAUGCAAGUAUCGAGCGGGCCGGGCCCGUUAGGCCCAACAGCAACCGCAGCGUGUGCUUUCCCCCACGACCAAAUCGCCGUCGGCCGUCGCGCGCCGCCGCGCAACCUCCAUGGAAUGGCCGCUCUCCACCUCCACGCCCUCAUCGCCGGCGGCGGCGGCGCCACCACCGUCCCCCAUCUCCGGCAGAUCCACGCCCAUCUCCUCACCUCCGGCCGCUUCCCCUCCCUCGGCCCCGUCCUCCUCCGCCGCCUCAUUUCGCUGCCCAAUCCCCACCUCCACCUCGCCCACCGUCUCCUCCUCUCCCUCCCCUCCCCAUCCCUCGACCUCUUCAACCUCCUCCUUCCCCCGCUCGCCUCCUCGCCGGACCCCUCCACCGCCGCCGCCCUCUUCCUUCGCCUCCGCCGCGGGGGUCUCCGCCCCGACGCGCACACGCUCCCGCACGUCCUCAAGGCGCUCGCGCGCCUCGCCCCGGGAUCCCUCCCCGUUGUCGGAUCCGUGCACUCGGAGGCCGUCAAGGACGGCCUCGCCUCCGCGGUGGUGUACGUCCCGAACGCGCUCAUGGCCGCGUACUCGGCCUGUGGGCAACUGGAGCGCGCCGUGCAGGUGUUCGACGAAAUGCCGCGCCGGACCGUCGUGUCCUGGAACACCGCGCUCACCGCCUGCGCGGGCAACGGCCGCCACGAGCUGUGCGUCGAGCUGUUCGCGGAGAUGCUAGAGGCUGGUUCCGUGCCGGACCCGACCACGUUCGUGGUCAUGCUGUCCGCCGCGGCCGAGCUGGGCAACCUGGCGCUCGGCAAGUGGGCGCAUGGACAGGUUGUUUCCCGGAGGCUGGACAUGACGCUUCAGCUUGGGACGGCGGCAGUGAACAUGUACUCCAAGUGUGCCACGGUGAGUUAUGCCCUGCGCUUGUUCGAGAGGAUGCCCGCGAGGAAUGUCUGGACAUGGACUGCCAUGAUCGUAGGGUUUGCGCAGAAUGGUUUGGCUCAGGAAGCGCUGGAGCUGUUUGACAGGAUGAAACUCUCAAAGAUCAUACCCAAUUAUGUCACAUUUCUUGGUCUGCUUUGUGCAUGUAGCCAUGCUGGCCUGGUUGAUGAGGGGCGCCGGUUCUUCCACGAAAUGCAGCAUGUUUAUGGUAUUGUGCCGAUGAUGACGCACUACAGCGCCAUGGUUGAUGUCCUAGGCCGCAACGGUCUUCUCCAGGAAGCUUAUGACUUUGUUGUAGGAAUGCCAGUCGAGGCUGACCCAGUUGUGUGGAGGACAUUAUUGGCAGCCUGCCAGCUGCAUAGCUCCAAGGACUGUAUUGAGAUCAUUGACAAGGUGCAGGGCAAACUGCUGGAGCUAGAGCCCCGGAGAAGCGGGAACUACGUCAUGGUUUCAAACAUCUACUGCGAAAUUGGAUCAUGGGACGAGGCAGCGAAGGCAAGGAGGGUGAUGAGGGAAGGAGGGAUGAAGAAGGUUGCGGGAGAGAGUUGUGUUGAGGUGGGAGGACGGGUGCAUCGGUUCAUCUUCGGGGAUGAUUCUUGCCCUGAAUUUCAUGGGGCUUGUAGGAUUCUCCAUGAAUUGAAUCUCAACAUGAGAAAAUGUGAACCUAUUGACCCAAUCUUAUUUACUGAUGAUGCUGACUAGCUUUCAAAUUUCGUGCAUUCUUUUCCUUGAUGAUGCGUUUGGUUGUGUGAAACGGUCUAGAGCCUGUCAUAUAGUUUUGCUCUAUUCUAUCCAACCAAGCAUUGCCCUUGUAAAAUGAAGAUGACUAUGUUUUAUUGGUCACUCUUCAUUUUUUAUUUGUCUAUCCUGUAUUUCGUCAUGAGAAGGCUCCUUUGGAACUCAUGAAUUUUACAGGAUUUUCAUGGGGUUAGUUCAAUUCUUAUGAAAAUCCUUCAGAAGACCUUUGCUUCAAGGAGGCUUAAAUAAAAGCCAAGUUCCUUUGUGAGUUAGAAAGAAAAGAAAGAACGGGCAUUUUACUUGCUUAGUGAAAACCAUGAUGUUGUUCUACCAUAGGAGUAAUGCCACAUUGAACUGUCCGGGCCUAAAUUGCGUUUGAACUGUAACACUCCAAAAUGGCGUUUUAUUUAUUUAAUUUUUAAA